UAAACCUAGAUAUUAUAAAAUUAACAUAACAAAAAUUAGAAAUAUUGGAUAUAUAAGUACGGUAUUAAAACUAGCACCAGACUAUUAGGCCGUUACCAUAAAUGCGAUCAUCUCCCUCUUUCCUCACCAACCAAAACCACCUACGGAAGAUCAAAUCCCUCUCUCUCAAAUACACUCCCUUUCUCUCUCUAAAAAGUAUAUAAAAUAUAUAUAUAUAUAUAAGAAUGGGCUUUGAAACGGAAAAGAUCCACCGGCUGGCAUCAUCACCGACGGAGACGGCACUGAUAUUCACCUAUGGAACAUUAAAGAAAGGCUUUUCAAAUCACGGAUUAAUGCAGGAUCUGAUGCGAACCGGAGACGCCGUAUAUAAAGGCAUACACCGAACCGUAGACAAGUAUCCUCUUGUUUGUGGACCUUACAGAGUUCCGUUCCUCCUCAAUCUUCCCGGUGCCUCCGGAUCUCACCGCGUAACCGGCGAGUUGUACGCCGUGACGCAGCGAGGACUGUCUAGGCUAGAUGAGCUGGAAGGGAUAACUCGGUACCAUUACGAGAGGCUGCCGAUUACGGUGGCGCCGGUGAAGGAAGAUGGAGAUGCGGUGGUGGAGGUGGAAGCGUACUUUGCGCAUAGGAGUUAUGAGAUGGAGAUGUGGAAAAGGAAUGGGAAGAGAGGGUUUGGAGUUUACGGUGAGAUAGAAGCGAAAGGUUAUGUGAAGAGAAAAGACCGGCCACAGAAUCUGACUUUUCUGGAACAGAUUCAUGUUUUCGUAUCUUCUAUUGAUAAUAAUUGAUGUACAGUAAUUAUUUUUACCUGUCUGUGUCAUUUCUCCGAUUGCAAAUGUCUCUUUUUCUUUGAUGUUUUGCAAUUGGAAGUUUUAUGUAAAAUAAAUUUAACAAGCUUUUUCUUUCUAAUAAAAAAAAUGGUCUUUCUUACUA